AGUGGCACAGGGGGAAGCUCACAGUGGCACUGGGUGGGUGUUUCCAACUCUGUGCACGUCUGUCUACUGUACACACACUACCCCGACGGCUAUCCAGACAGCAGAGGGUCAUAAUCACCUGGAUACGUUCCCUACAGACACUUCUGAGAGCUCAAGGACGGGAGAAUUGAAGCCGACAGCAAGACACGCCGAUGGACACAGAUUUGUCAUUUGGAGGGGACAAUGACAUGUCCUAUGAAGAAAAUGACACGUCGUUUCUUCCCUCCCCCUUCAAUCUGACCCCGGCCCACCACAGGGGGAGCUAUGACCUGGAUCAGCAGAGGCAGGAGGAGGGAGAAAUACCCUCACAGAGCUUCACCCUCCGCCUGGACACUGGUGCCGCUCUGAACCUCAACACCAACGCCAACUCCAGAGGAGACUGUCUGGCCUAUGUGGAGCUGAAUGAGUACAAGACGAACGGGAACCAGGAGGGCUACUGGCAGGAGACGGGCCGAUGGGUGGGCUACGAAGAGAGCUACGACCCCAACACAGGGGUCUGGGGCCCCUCACACAUCUCCUACCUGACCUUCAAGAGCCUGGUGCAGCUGCGCAGAGCCAUGUCCUCAGGCGUGUUCCUGCUGGACCUGGGUGAGAAUAGCCUUUCGGCCGUGGCUGAGAAGGUGGUGGAUGAGCUGGCGAGCAGGAGAGAGAUCCAGCAGGGCGAGCGUGAGAACCUGCUGAGGGCUCUGCUGCAGAAGCGCAGCCAGUCUAACCAGGACACGGAAGCGUCAUCUGGAAUAGAGAUGCAAGUCUUCUCUGUCACCAAGAAGAGAGAUGCAGCAGGCAGUCUGGAGGCCUCAGUGGUCCUCUCAGGGGCGCUGGACUUCCUGAAGAAGCCCGUGCUGGCCUUUGUGCGUCUGCGCGAGGCCGUCGUCAUGGAGACGGCCCUGGAGGCCUCGGUGGCCGUGCGCUUCGUCUUCGUCAUGGUGGGGCCGGCCCAGGCCACCAUGGACUACCAUGAGUCAGGCCGCUCCAUGGCCGCCCUACUGACCGAUAGGGUGUUCAACACGGCGGCGUUCCUGGCAGAUUCCGAGAAGGAGCUGACGGACGCCAUGGCAGACUUCAUGGACUGCAGCAUCGUGGUCCCGCCCACGGAGAUCAAGAAUGAAGUCAUGCUCCAGUCUAUCAUCGACUUCCAGAAGAAGCUCCUCAGAGAUCGACAGCGCCCGAGUGACACCCAGCUCUUUUUCAAAGACAAGCCCAAAGGCCCGGUGGAGCCCAGGGAGGACCCCCUGGCCCGUAUGGGUUGGCCUUUCGGAGGCAUGGUCAAAGACAUCAAGAGACGCUACCCAAAAUACCUGAGCGACUUCACUGACGGGCUCAACAUCCAGGUCCUGUCUGCCGUCAUCUUCAUUUACUUCGCUGCCCUGUCUCCGGCCAUUACUUUCGGCGGACUCCUGGCUGAUAAGACGGAAGGAUGGAUGGGUGUUUCCGAGCUCAUGAUCUCCACCUCCAUCCAGGGAAUCAUCUUCUGCUUCAUUGCCGCCCAGCCGGUGUUGGUCAUCGGCUUCUCCGGGCCCCUGCUGGUCUUCGAGGACGCCUUCUAUGUAUUCUGUAAGGCCCGGGGGAUUGAGUACAUCGUGGGCCGGGUGUGGGUGGGCAUCUGGCUGGUGGUCAUCGUGGUGGUGAUGGUGGGCAUAGAGGGGAGCUUCCUGGUCAAGUUCAUCUCCCGCUUCACGCAAGAGAUCUUCUCCAUCCUCAUCUCCCUCAUUUUCAUCUAUGAGACCUUUGCCAAGCUCUUUAAGAUCUUCCAAGCCCAUCCCCUGGUGCUGAACUACGAUCAUCUGAACUCUUCUAAGCCCUAUUCUUUCCAACUCAUAGAUGAAAUGAUAAAAAGUAAUGCAAACAGCACAGACAACGAAAAGAUCGUCUACCCAAACACUGCCCUGCUCUCCAUGUGCCUCAUGUUUGGAUGUUUCUUCAUCGCCUUCUUCCUCCGCCAUUUCAAGAAUGGACGUUUUCUGCCUGGUCCAAUACGUCGAAUGAUUGGAGAUUUCGGGGUCCCCAUUGCCCUUUUCAUCAUGGUUUUUAUUGAUAUCGCCAUUGAAGAUACCUACACACAGAAACUGUCGGUGCCCAAAGGCCUAUCGGUGACCAGGCCCUCAGAUAGGGGCUGGCUGAUCCACCCCCUUGGAAAGAAUAGAGAUUUCCCUAUCUGGAUGAUGUUUGCCUGCUUUGUCCCAGCCUUGUUGGUCUUCAUCCUCAUCUUCCUCGAGUCCCAGAUCACCACGCUGAUCGUGAGCAAGCCCGAGAGAAAGAUGGUGAAGGGGUCGGGCUUUCACUUUGAUCUGCUGAUCCUGGUGGUCAUGGGCGGCAUCAGCUCCAUUUUUGGCGUGCCCUGGCUGAGUGCCGCCACAGUGCGUUCCGUUACUCAUGCCAACGCCCUGACUGUCAUGAGCAAGGGGCCCAAGGCCGAGAUCGAGAAGGUGCUGGAGCAGAGGGUCAGCGGGAUUCUGGUGGCCACGCUGGUCGGACUUUCCAUCCUGAUGGAACCCAUCCUGAAGAUGAUUCCGAUGACGGCUCUCUUUGGGAUCUUCCUGUACAUGGGCAUCACCUCCCUCAACGGGAUCCAGCUAUGGGACCGCAUUCUUCUCUUGUUCACCCCAAAGAAGUACUACCCUUCGGAUGCGUACGCCACCAUGGUGACACCGCUGCGGAUGCACCUGUUCACUAUCAUCCAGGUCGUGUCCCUGGUGGUCCUGUGGGCGGUGAAGUCCAGCCCUGCCUCCCUGGCCCUGCCCUUCAUCAUCAUCCUCACCAUCCCGCUCCGCAUCCUCAUGACAGGCCGCCUCUUCACUGUCAGGGAAAUGAAAUGCUUGGAUGCUGAUGAUGUCAAGGUGGACCUGGAGGAAGAGAUAGGGGUGGAUAUGUACUCGGAGUCCACACUACCGUAGACACCUGUCUUUUAGAAGUACUUUAAAACUCAACAGAAUCAUAAUUGCAUUUUUCUAAGGGGGGUGCUUUUUGCGUGGCUGGUACUCAAAUAGGUGUCUUUAGCAUUCUGAUAUGAAAACAAAAUUGACCCAAACAUUUUUGUUAAACAUUAAAAAUGGAGCAUUACAAAUGUAAUUGUCAUUUUAGGAUUUUUAGGUUAGCCAUUUUUUUUAACCAUACUAUCAUUAAUUUAAUUAAUUAUUUUGUUUGCUCAUUAUGAUGAUGUUUGCUUGCCACAAAAUAUUUUACUUUUCAUUGUUGGCUUGGGGCAGUAGUACUUUUUUGUUGUUGUGAGUUGUCAGUAGAAUUAUUUUUUUAUAGCUGAGUUUUAUAGCUCUAGUUUUGUAUAGCAUUCAAACUCUAUACCUUGCACAAGGAAUGCUUGGGGCAUUGUCUCGAAUUAUAAGGAAUCGACAGCAUAUGAUGACAUAAAAAAAAGAAAAUGUUUUGUCCAUUCUUAUUUGUGCUUUAUUUUGAGUGUGAAUGGGAUGUCAUAAUUAUGAUCUGUAAAUAUGUCAAAGCUGAAAUCAUGGUAGACAUGGUCUACCGCAAUAUCCAGGCAUUUUCAAAGGAAACCAAAUUAAAGAGAAUGUGUGUGUGGGUGUGUGUAUUUGUUUUUUGAGACAAACUGCAUGUGCUUCUUAAUAAUGCAUCUAUUAAAAGUGGAUUUUUCUCUCA